AUGUCUCUUUUGUGGGGGAAGUUCCGCGGCAAGGUGGACAGUGUCUCGACGUCGCUGCAGGGGAUGUCUAUUUCACGCACCGAAAAGGAUCGUAAUGAAGACGACACAGUCAUUUCCCGGGCGCUCUAUCGGUACUACAAUCCAUCUCCGCCCGAAUGGCUAGUGCAGUCGACUCCAUCGUUGUCGCCAACGGCCAGUAUGGGUGCGCUACCUAAUACCAGUGGACAAGGACCUGACUCUGCGCGGCCGCGACUACAGUCUCGGUCCACUACCGAUUUCAGUCAUAUUUAUUCCCGCCAGUCGAGCUCUCGUGCCAGUGUGAGUACGGAGCGCAGGCCCAGCCAUUCUCCAGCGCCGUUUGCAGAGCCAGAUGCCCCGCCGGGUGCACAAGCUCACACCGGCCGAGGCAAGUUUUCAAAAUUGCGCCACGCAAACUGGUGA